AUGAAAUUGGUAUUAGGUUUGAUCGUCUUAGUGACAUUGGGUAGUUGUGCUUCUUUCUUAGAAGAACAACAACCAAUGGAAAAUAAAAUUUAUAAGAUCAAGUUGGACAGAACAGAAUCAUAGGCUAGAAAAUCAUUAUUUGAUUUUAUCACAACAAGUCAACAAUAUAGAAACAGUCCUGAUUUGUUAGGUGAAUCAGAUUUGGAAAUGGCCUAGACUAAAUAAAAAGAAUCAAUAAAAUUGUACAACUUUAAGAAUACCUAAUAUACAGGAGAGAUUGGAUUAGGUGGUUAAGAUAAUAAAUUCAAGGUAUGAAUAUAUAAUCAUAUUUAGGUUAUCUUUGAUACAGGAUCUGCUAAUAUUUGGUUGAAUUCUGCUAGAUGCAAUGAUUAUGGAUGUAAAAAUCAUAAAUAAUAUGAUGGGUCAAAGAGUUCAACUUAUGAACACUUAGGUUAUGAUUUGGAUGUAGAAUUUGGAACAGGUGAAUUGAUGGGGGAGGUAAAUAAUAUAUUAAAUUAAAAGAUUAAUGCUGAUACUGCUUAUGUUGGAGGUGUUAAAAUUGCCAAAUAAGAAUUUGCAGAAAUUGUUAGAGAAAAUGGUGAUGUCUUUGCAUAAUCAGAUUUUGAUGGUAUUGUUGGAUUAGCAUAUCCAACAAUGGCUGCUUACAAUUUCAAUCCAUUAUUUGAUAAUAUAAUGCAAUAGAAAUUGUUAGACAGAAAUGUGUUUUCUUUCUACUUUUCAAGAUAAGAAGGCUCUAGAUCAUCAGAAUUAACACUUGGUGGUUGGGAUAAUGAUCAUUUCACUGGAGAAUUACAUUUCCAUAAUGUUGUUAACAAAUAUUAUUGGUUAUUGGAUGCUGAUAACAUUUUGGUUAAUGGAUAAGAUGUCGGACUUUGCAAACAUGGAUGCAAAGUAGUUGCAGAUACUGGUACUUCAUUAUUAACUGGUCCAUCAGAAGGCUUAUAUGAUUUAUUAGGUAUUUCUUUAUUUUUAAUUUAGAUACCUUAAAUAUUGAUGAAAAUUGCAGCAACGUUAAAGAAUUACCAAAAUUAACAUUCGUAUUAGAUGGUAUUAAUUAUGAUUUGGAUGCUAAUGAUUACGUUAUGAAAAUUGAUUCAUAAGGAAAUGAAGUAUAUUAUUAUAAUAAUUUAGGUUGCUUAUGAUACUUUUGCAAGUACUGAUAGCUUUGUAGAAAUGGGAGCAAAUUGCUAAUGUGUUGGUUCAUUCAUGCCCUUAGAUAUCCCAUCACCAUAAGGGCCAGCUUGGAUUUUGGGUGAUACUUUCCUUAGCAAAUAUUAUUCCGUUUACGAUAGAGACAAUGAUAGAGUUGGUUUUGCUAGAUCAAAAUGAUU